AUGCCUGGUUUCGCGGAUUCGUUCUGGACCCCCGACUACGCCACCGGUCUGGGGGUGCUUUACGGGAAACUCCAACAGGGCGCCGUCGAGAACAAGCAGAUCAUCACCAUUGCUUCUAUGCGCGCAGAUGCGGAGGAACAGUACGGUCUGAAAUUGGGGGAUAUUGCGCCGACCGUGGAUCGGGUCACGCCAACGGGGUUCGGAAAAGAUGACGGGGCAAGCGUGAGAAAGGCUUACGAGGGAGUUCGCACUGAGAUGGUCGAGGCAUCCAAGAACCACCAGAAGAUCGCGUCGAACAUCCGGGAGCUAGUCGUUAGCCCCUUCAGGCGUUGGUGCGAUCAGCACGAGGCUCGAAUUCAGAAUUCCCACGACGAUCUCCAGGCUCGCAUCAAGGAACAUUCGAAACAGGUGGAGCUGGUCAAGAAACUCCGAAGCCAUUAUUUCAACAAGUGCCGUGUGGUUGAAGACCUCGAGGAAGAGAACAAACUCGCUUUCCAGGCCCCCGAAACAAGUCCGAAAAUUAAGCCCACCCCCAAGAUUGUCCUGCCAGAAGAACAGGAGGAGGAGGAGCCGGUGGAGAUUGGCGAUCGGAUCUACCCUCCGGAGGAUUUGAAGAGGCUUCUGACACAUAUGCUGGAAAACAUCAAGAUUGGCGAGGUCAAGGUGCCGAUCAUCGGCACAUAUCAGAACACAUCGACCGGUGCGGAUAUUGUGGAAUACACUCAGAAGCACCUGAACGGAACUAGCAUCACCUAUUCGGAGAGAAUCGGGCAGGAUCUUGUGGACAAUGGGUUUCUCCGUCUGGUUGGAAACAUGGGCAGCACCUUCGCAAACAGCUCCAAGAUGCGCUACCAGUGGCGCCCUAAGGUGUUCCAGAUCACCGGUGUCCCAGAGAAGAAGAAGCCUCUUAUGCGCGUAACCUCUGUGGCAACAAGCGAGGACGGCAGCGAGUCUCCGCUGUCUUCUGUUUCUGAGAUGCUGGCUGGCUGGAACCCUCUCAACAACCCGUACCCCAACGAGACACCAGCGGAAAAGUUGCGCAGGGAAGCUCGUGAGGCCGAUGAACGGUACAAGGCUGCGGUGCGCAAGCUGGACAUGAUCAGAUGCAAGCUCGAGGAAGAGGUCGUUGAAAACUUGCGCUUCAUGGAGCAGUGUGAGCUUGAUCGCCUCAAGGCAAUCAAGGCCGUGAUCCUGGAUUUCUCGGGCGCCAUCAGCAAUGUCAUUCCCAACCUGCAAAGCACUGUCGACCACAUGAUGCUUUACCAAGAGACCAUCCAACCGCUAGGCGAUCUCCGUUACCUUCUGGAGAACUACCGGACGGGAGGUUUCGUACCUCGUGUGCAGGCGUAUGAGAACUACUACGGAUCCGUGGAAGAUCAAAAUUUUGGUGUUGACCUCGAAGCGAGAGCGAGAGCCGACCGCAAGCGCGUUCCCAUCGUGGUCACCACUCUGCUGACCUACCUGGAUAACCGCUACCCUGACCUUGAGGGUGACGAGGCACGACGUGCGAUCUGGCUGUACGAUGUGCCUUUGGCAGCCACACACCACCUCCGUAGCGCAUUGAAUAACAGCAAAGCGGAUUAUAACGAGAUCCUGGAGAAAUAUGAAAUCCCCAUCAUCGCGAGUGUUCUGAAGUUGUACCUCCUUGAGCUGCCAGGUCUAACAGCUACCGUAGACUCUUUGGUUUCCUCCCAGGUUUAUGAGAUUGUGAAGACAAUUUAUUCAACUACUGCCCAUGAAACGACGGAGGAGGGCCGCAUCAAGGUCCUUCAAAGCACUCUCGGACAACUCCGUCUGAAUAACAUUGCUACGCUUGACGCCAUUAUGACCCAUUUCACGCGUUUGAUUGAUCUUACAUCUGCCGAUGAAACUUAUGUCUCUUCACUUGCCCAGGCCCUGUCGCCUUGCAUUCUCCGUCCUCGCACAGAAAGCAGCCUUACGAUGAACGAACGGCACAGCUACCGUCUCAUCCGCGAUCUAUUCGCUCAUAAGGAUGCGAUCUUUGGUGAAUUGAAACGCCAGUCAAGUGCUCUGGGGAUCAGUGGAUCCACCAACCGUCCUCGUGCCAUCAGCACAGAUGAGAGCAACCGUCGGGCCGCAAUGGAGGCCCGGAACCGUGCUAUUCUCGACCGCAGCCGUGCCAACAGCCCAGCUCCUCCCCAGAAGCAUCGCCGUGACCGUUCCAGCGGCGCUUCAGAGACCAGACGUUUCCCCAUCAACGUGACCAGCCCCACUGAAAGACGGACUGUCGCUCGCAGCAGCCUGGAUGUUCCCAUCAAAAGCGAAUCUCCCACCGCUGCGGAACAGAUGACAAGCGUUAACAUCAACGGUCCUGAGCCAGUCACCAACGGCGCCUUGAGCGAAUCUCCUGUUUCCGCUGCGGCCAGCGCAAGCCCCUCAUCGGGUAGUGCCAGUCCUCCCCCGGCCCCUGAAUCGGACGCUUCUGUGACACCAACCACAACUCCCACCCAAGAUACUGAGAAGCGCUCAUCAAUGAUCUCCCGGUCUAGCGUUUCCUACACUCGCAAACCCGGCCUCGGAAACCGUUCCAGCUUCCCGACCGUCGCAAGCACAGAGGGCACAGACAGCAAGCGCAGCAGUCUCGCCGAGACCGAGCCGAAAGGCGUCACAUUGGAAGACAAGCCAAUGGACGAUGACUAG